CUACCCUACUAACCAUCUACUAACUCCGAACUAGACUAUCAAGCUCUACUGUCAUAUUGAUUGACGGACAGCGACGGACUAUAGCAGACGGCUACAUCCGGCUAUUGUCUGCUUCCUCCGAGCGCUGUCGGAUCCGACAGUAACCGAGCGGACAUUCAGCGAGAAUGUGAGAAGCUACUUAGAUACCAUCAGAAGACCAGGCGUUAUAGUGGUCAUUCCCUGUUGUCCGACACCCAAAGACGAGGAUGGCCUCAAUUGAAGCUUGCAUUCCACGUGAAAUAAGGUUGCACAGACGAGCCACUCCCUGAUAACGGAUCGAGAGCCGAGCAUAUGAGGGGUCGUGAGGGGUUGGCUGUCCCUCAUCAGAGGACAUGGUCAUGUCGACUUCUCCCGCACUUGUGCCUUGGAUCAAAUUUCCCUAAUUUCUACCAUCGGAUAGACUGACAUCACUAUGUCUGCGCUUAAAGACGAAAAGACCUUGAGUGAGCUACGGCCCCGGGUCCUUAUCCAACCACUUCACAACAGCAUCCCGUCGGAGUUGCUACCUCGGUUCGACCCGGUCUAUGUGGAACACUACAACAAAUACAAUGCUGGGAGGCUACAUACGCAUGAGGUUCCUAUCGAAGACUUCCGCAAGAACCCAGCCAAGUAUGCCAUUGCCUACGGCCGUGCUCAAGGUCCUGAUGUCUUCCGCAUCACGGAGCAGAAAUGUCCCGUGCAAGGGGGCGAGAUAACCAUCCGUAUCUUCGAGCCUGCCCCGAAAGCGGAUGAGCAUGGCAAGGCCAAAAAGAGGGCUGCGUUUGUCAACUUCCAUGGGGGAGGCUGGGUGUUCGGCGAUCUCUCAGUUGAUCACGAUUUCUGCAAGACACUCGUCGAUGGCCUGGACGGGCACUUGGUCGCGUUUGAUGUCGACUACCGGCUAGCUCCUGAGCACAAGUAUCCGAUCCCCGUUGACGACUGCUGGGCCGCUUUCAAUUGGAUCCGCUCCCAGAAAGCAGAGGAGUUCAACGUUGACCCGAAUCGAAUAGCUGUUGGAGGUUGUUCGGCCGGAGGCCACCUGUCAGCCGUGGUCGCUCAUCUCUGCCGUAAUGGCGGCAUUCCGUUGCGUCUGCAGGUGCUGAACGUGCCCGUAUGUGAUCUACACAGCGGCUACACUCCGGAUGGUGAAUUCGAUCGGGAGAACUGUCCCUAUGAGUCCUACAGAGAGAUGGAGUUCACCGCAGCUCUUCCGGUAGCACGGAUGGCUUAUUUCCAUCGACACUUUUUGGGGGUUCCCCGGCCAGCACGUUCAGAAGAGGUAAGUAGUACCGUAAUUGCUGCAGCCGGAGCUGCACACAACUGCAAGAUGCUGAUGUGAUCCAUAGGACUGGAAGAUCUCCCCCAUAUUUGCGCCUGACUUUUCUGGACUAGCACCUGCGUUGGUCUUCACCGCCGAAAUGGAUCCUCUGCGGGACGAAGGGGAGGCCUACGCUGCCAAAUUGAAAGCUGGCGGUUGUCGAGUGGAAAUGAUGCGUAUGGCAGGAGCACCCCACACAUUUGCCAUGUUGGAUGGCAUCUUAGAGAGCGGCCGUAUAUAUACCAAGAAGGUCAUCGAAGCGAUGAAACGGGAACUGACAGUGUAAAUAAUCAAUUGGUUCGGUUGAAGGGAUAUCGAAGAUGGAGAGCAGUGUUAGUGCAGAGCGACUAGAAGAUGGAAAUGCGGAGAGACAGCAGGAUCAUGGUUUAUCCGACGAGAAUCUUUACCGUAUGAUACCAUUUAGGCUGGGCAGCGAAGGUGUGGCAGACGGGUAACCGGCGUCCUGAACAUUACCGGGCCGGGAGAUUUCGGCAGGCGGUAUCGGAAACAGUUGGGGUGGAUU